AUGAGUUGGCUAGACACUCGAAUGGAGGAGCUACACCCGGCCCUGUGUGAACAUGUGCUGCUGCACAAGCGGUACAUCGACGAUGGGGUUGUGGUCUGGACGGGCUCGCUCGCGGACCUACACAGAUGGAUUGAGGGGUACAACAACCUACUAGAGGGCAUCUCCAUCACGACUGAGAUCAGCACGACCACAUUCACACUCCUCGACAUCACCUUCCGGAAAGGUACGCUGUGGGAGACGACCGGGAAGGAAAAUGUGCAAGGGGGGUUCUUGGACACCUCGGUGUACCAAAAACCUCUCAAUGCGUAUCAGUACUUUCCGUUCCGAUCGGCACACCCUCGACACUGCAAGCGGGGCUUCAUUAUUGGUGAGCUAUAUCGCUACCUCUUGAGGGAGUCUUCUGAGGAUGGCUUUCAGCAGAUGAAGUCCCGUUUUGCAGCUCGGUUACAAGCACGCGGGUACCACGCUACCUUUAUCGACAAGGUCUUCAGCGAGGUCACGUACGCCGACAGAGCUACACUGCUGCAGAAGUCGGAGAAAGAAUACAAAAAAAACGAUCGGGGGGGCUGCGCCACCCCGAACCCCCCCCCCCCCCCCCCCCCACCCCCCCCCCCCCCCCCCCCCCCCCCCGCUUUAAGUGACCCCAUCCGCAUACACGAGUAUCAAUACCACCGCGUGCUGUAG